AUGUUGACUAGCACUGACACUAACAAGCCUGUUGCACCUGGUGUAUCGAGAAAGAACACUUUGUCGAAGGUGGCAAAACUAUUUGGUGCAGGAUCAAGCUCAAAGUCAUCUGUAAACGUUAUUGCCGAUGCUCAUUCCAACGCAACUGAUAAUUCAACUACAGAGUCUCUUCCGAGCUAUAAAUCGAAAAAGAAUCCAGCAACUCCCUCACCACCACUGAUACCUGCACAUCCUCCCGCACCUAGUGCAAACCCUGGCAAAUCUUUGAUUUCCCCAAUCACUUCGUCAUCUUCUUCUUCGGUACGGUCGUCGAUCUCUGGUGUUUCACUGUCAUCUACGUCCCCUACUACUGCAAAUGCAUCUUCUUCAAAAGUACGAGAUGGUUCAAACGCUCUGCCUUCUAACGAUUCCAAUGUCAAUAUCGCCAGUCAUAGUAGUGUUACGAACCUUUUGCCACUCAACUCAUCCCCCGCUCUAUCUGGCCGGUUUGUAGUGCAUGAGGACGGUUCUCAUGAGCAUCAUUUGAAGAACGCAAAGAGGCAAGAAAAACUGACUAGUAUGAUCAAGAAUAUGGUGGGAGCUCAAAAGAUCAGAGGUCAAGCAAAAUCAGCCGUCCCCGAUAUAAUGGCAGAUACUACAAAGACUAUCACACCUCAGCAAAGAACAGACCCACCUACGUUAUUUGCUGGUCUGAUGAAGCAGAUGGCUAAUAUGAACGAAAAUGAUGGUGAAAAAGUGCCUUUCAGUGGAGCUUCUAACGGUACAGAAAAAAGAUGGUACAAGAAUGCUGCAGCGUAUGAAUCUGUUCCAUCGUGGACCCCAGCUUUAAGCAAUGCAGAUUCUCGUUGUUUCUCUGAAAAAUACGGCAGGUGUCAAGAAGUACUUGGUAAAGGUGCAUUUGGUGUCGUGAGAAUUUGUCAAAAGAAGAACCCUACACCAAAUGGUAACAAUAAGGAAAUGCUAUUUGCGGUCAAAGAGUUCAAAAGAAAAGCUUCAGAACAACCUGCUAAGUACUCAAAGAGGUUGGCCUCCGAAUUCUGCAUCUCCUCCUCCCUACGUCAUACAAACAUUAUCAUGACCUUUGAUCUGUUCCAGGAUGCAAAGGGGGAGUAUUGCGAAGUCAUGGAAUACUGUGCCGGUGGUGAUCUAUUCACGUUGAUCAUUGCCGCAGGCAAACUAGAAUAUAUUGAAGCUGAUUGUUUUUUCAAACAACUAAUACGAGGUGUUGUUUACAUGCAUGAAAUGGGUGUUUGUCACAGAGACUUAAAGCCAGAAAAUUUACUGUUGACUUCCAACGGUACUUUAAAGAUCAUUGACUUCGGCAACAGUGAAUGUUUCAAGAUGGCAUGGGAAAAGGAUAUUCAUUUGAGUGGUGGAGUAUGCGGCUCCAGUCCCUACAUUGCUCCUGAAGAGUAUAGUCAGGAAGAGUUCGAUCCAAGGCCCGUAGAUAUUUGGGCAUGUGGUGUAAUUUAUAUGGCGAUGAGAACCGGUCGUCAACUUUGGAGGAUUGCUCAAAAGGAUGACGAAUUUUUCGCUAAAUAUCUGAGAGGUAGAAAGGAGAAAGGUGGCUAUGAGCCGAUUGAAAAUUUGAAAAGGGCGAGAUGUAGAAAUGUCAUUUACUCUAUGCUCGAUCCCGUACCUUACAGACGAAUUAGCGGGAAACAAAUACUUAACAGUGAAUGGGGUAGAGAGAUCAGAUGCUGUAACGAUGGACAUGCUAUCAAAUAG